UAGAGCCUCAUGUAAUCUGUUAUGUGUGUAAACUUAUGAUUUUUUAUUUUGCUGGGCGCAGUUUUUAAAGGAAAGAGCGGCCCUGGUGAGGACCAAUGUGAAGACGUGACUGUGUCCAGGGUAUCAGGGCCCGAGCACCGGACAGAGUGAGACCAGGUGAGGGCCUAUCGAAAUUGAGAAGCUGAAGUCCAGUCUCCUCAACGAGGACGGAAGCUUAAAGGAGAAAGUGUAUUUGAUAGACUGGCAGGCAAGGAGAAGAAUCAGAUUUUGGAUUUGGAGAAGGAAAACCAGAGGCUGUUACAGCAGAUCCCUAAGCCUCAGGCUUUUGAGAGUCGCACCUUCACGAAAUACUUGGACAAUGUGAAUGCCAUAAAGGAGAAGCAAGUGAAACGGGAGAGAGAGAAGAAGGAGAAGAAAGACAAGAUAGAAACGAAGAAGCAGGAAAAGAAAAAGCAGCUGGAGAGAGAGAAGAAGGAGAAGACGGAGAACGAAGAACAGAAGAAGCGAGAAAAGAAUGAGAAGAAGGAGGAGUCACUUGGACAAAUGCAGUCUGAUGAUGCUGCCCAACAUAAGGGGAACGGUGUCACCAAUUUGCUGAAGGCCCUCAGUCACCCGAACACAAGGAGGAAGAACCAGGAGCUCGCUGCAGAGAACGCUUCUCUUAAGAAGCUGCAGGAUAUGAACGCAGUUCUACUGAGGCAUGUGGCAGAGAAAUCUGCUCUGCAAAAACAGGCUGCAGUAAACGCUGCUCUAGCUGCAGUACACGUUGCUCUGAAGAGGCAGCUGUUUGCUGAGAACGCAACUCUGAAGAAGCAAAAGGCCUCUAAUGACUUACAUCUGGAUCAGAUCAGAGGCGACUGUGUCAACAUGUUGACGUCUGUUAACAUAUCAAAAGCCAGAGAGAGAGACUUGAAGAAGGAGAUGGAAGAUCUGAAGACGAAGAUGAAUGAGAAGGUGCAAGAAAACAUCUCCCUCACCACUGAGCUUCAGCUCCAUCAGUUGGAGAGCGAGAAAGUCGAAUUUGACUUGAAGGUGAAAUGUUCAGAUCUGCAGGAGAAGCUGAAGUCCAGUCUCCGCAACGAGGAGAGAAGCCAACAGGAGAAAGUGUAUCUGGUAGAAUGGCUCGAGAGGAGAAAGAUUCGGAUUUCGGAUUUGGAGAAGGACAAACAGAGCCUGCUACUGCAGAUCCCUAAGCCUCAGAUUCAUGAGAGUCGCACCUUCACGAAGUACUUGAACAAUGUGAAUGCCAUAAAGGCGAAGCAAGCCAAACUGGAGAGAGAGAAGAAGGAUAAGAAAGACGCAGAGAAGCAGGAAAAGAAAAAGCAGCUGGAGAGACAGAAGAAGGAGAAGAUGGAGAGCGAAGAACGGAAGAGGAGAGAAAAGAAGGAGAAGCUCGAGCUACUGGCGAUAGAGCAGAAGGAGAAGAAGGAGAAGAGAGAAAUGGAGAAGCAGGAAAAGAAAAGGCAGCUGGAGAUAGAAAAGAAGGAGGGGCCGAAGAGCGAAGAAGUGAAGAAGAGAGAAAAAAUGGAGAAGAUAGAGCUACUGGCGAGAGAGCAGAAGGAGAAGAAGGAGAGCAUAGAAAUGAAGAAGCAGGAGAAGAAAAAGCAGCUUGAGAGAGAGAAGAUGGAGAAGAUGGAGAGCGAAGAACGGAAGAAGAGAGAAAAGAAGGAGAAGAUCGAACAAUUGGCGAGAGAGCAGCAAGAGAAGAAAGAGAAGAUAGAAAUGAAGAAGGAGGAAAAGAAAAAACAGCUGGAGAGAGAGAAGAUGGAGAAACUUGAGACAGAGAAGAAGGAGAAGGCGGAGAGCGAAGAACUGAAGAAGAGCGAGAAGAAGGAGAAGGAGGAGAUGGGAAUUAGGAGGGGGAGAGAGUGGUUCCCCUGUUUUCUCUUUGAAAUCCGGAGCUAGAUCUCUUGAUCUGGAUUGAGAGGCGUCACUACUGAGCAACAGAAAUCAGAAAAGUAGUGGGGGAAGUUUAACUUCUUUUGUACAGUCUCCAGCCGUGAUCCAAGGCAGCCUCAGGUACAAGAUCACCCCCCAUAUGUUUAACAUGCAACGGAUCUGCAGCACAGACACAGAGUCACUGACCGAAGUCACCAAACAACUCUGACCUGGUUCGACUCGGGAUCAAGGUCACUGCGAUCCCAGAUGUUAUCUUCAGACGCCUCAGGAGAAUCCUUCAAAUGUUCACUUAGACUCAGAUUAACUGAUUAGAUUUCAGUGAUCGGAGGUCAAAGGUCACAGUGGGGGCUCUGGCGGAGGCUCUUUGUGCUCCUCCUCGUCCUCCUCGGAGCUGUCGCCUCCUCUCAUCAUUAUACCAAGAAAAUGUUGUGGGUUUAAUGUCUUUGUUCUGAAGCUCCGAACAAAUCCUAAAAUGAUCCAACUUUUUCACCUUAAAGCAGCAGCUUAAUUAAGAUGAGUUUGUUUAUGUAUAAAAUUAAUAAAUUGUGUAUAUUACAAUUUCCAUGUGGUCAAAUGUAUUACGAGAUAAAUAAUGUGUCGUGUUUCAGUGAGAAGCUGUAUGAAAAAGAACAAUUAUUUAUCUUUUUGUCUUUACUGCUAAAUGAACAGUUUGUCAUUGUGCCACUAAAAUUAAAUUAAUAAAUGUGUGGAGUUUUUACUGUUGUCCAGCAGAGGGCAGCACAGACACACUGAUGCUAACUUAAAAGCUUUGAGAAAGGACGUGAUCGAAACUUCGUGUAAAACUUUU